UUCACAGAAAAACUCCACUUGUUUCUCUGCAAAUCCGCCAUUGUCUGCUUGCUCUCUCCUUUUGUCUUGAAAUGAUCUGCAUUUUUCCAAGCAAUUCCUAAAUCCCUCUCUCUCUCUCUCUCUGUGCAAUGGACACUACCUCCGAAGAUUUCUCCGAUAACAAUCAACGCCCUGAAAACAACGACCAACGAGUCUACUUCGUUCCUUACAGGUGGUGGAAGGACGCGCAGGAUUCAAUUCCUGGAGAUUCGGGUGGGAAGAGGGGGAUCUCGUAUACGGCUUUUCCAUGUUCAUCCUAUGCCGGUCCUAUGAAGAUAAUCAAUAACAUUUUCAACUCGGAUCUUGUAUUCAAUCUUAGGAGAGAGGAUGAUUCAGCCCAGAUUCGUGAAGAUGGUGAAGCGGGGGUGUCUGGGCGGGACUUUGCUUUGGUGCCUGGGGAUAUGUGGUUGCUGGCACUGAAGUGGCAUAGUGAGUCAAAAAAUAUAACGAAGGAUGGUAAAGCCUUUUCAGCUACGGAAGAUGAUAUGGCAGAUGUCUAUCCAUUACAGCUCAGGCUUUCUGUUCAAAGGGAAACUAACUCGUUGGGAGUAAGAAUAAGCAAAAAGGACAAUGCAAUUGAGCUCUUCAAAAGAUCCUGUAAGAUAUUCUGUAUGGAUUCAGAGAUGUUACACAUUUGGGACUUUUCUGGUCAGACAACCUUGUUUCUUUUGAAUGACAAUACUAAGGUCCCAAAGGACUGUCAAAGACAGUCUGAUCAGGAGAUUUUGUUGGAGUUGCAAGUUUAUGGGUUGUCAGAUUCAAUGAAACGAAGGGAAGGAAGAAAAGAUGAUAUGACAAGUUUUUCUGGUGGUACUUUGCCGAAGAUGAAUGGAAGUGCCAGCAGCAUGAUUUCUAAUCACACUCAUGCCAAUUCUUGGACUUUCUCUUCUAGCCACAGUGAAGCAGGUUCCUUGGGGUUAACUGGGUUGCAAAACCUAGGAAAUACUUGCUUCAUGAAUAGUGCACUCCAGUGCUUGGCGCACACACCAAAGAUUGUUGACUAUUUUCUUGGAGAUUAUGGUAGAGAAAUAAAUCAUGAUAACCCACUGGGAAUGGAUGGUGAGAUAGCUUUGGCUUUUGGAGAUUUAAUAAGGAAGUUAUGGGCUCCUGGAGCAAGUCCAGUGGCACCAAGAAUGUUCAAAUCAAAGCUUGCUCGAUUUGCACCUCAGUUUAGUGGCUUUAAUCAACAUGAUUCCCAGGAGCUUUUGGCUUUUUUAUUGGAUGGGCUUCAUGAAGAUCUGAAUCGUGUUAAAUGUAAGCCUUAUGUGGAAGCCAAGGAUGGAGACAACCGACCUGAUGAACAGAUAGCUGAUGAAUAUUGGCACAAUCAUUUGGCGCGCAAUGAUUCUAUCAUUGUUGAUGUGUGCCAAGGCCAAUAUAAAUCAACAUUAGUUUGUCCUGCAUGUAGAAAGGUCUCUGUGACAUUUGAUCCAUUCAUGUACUUAUCAUUACCUCUACCCUCAACAACAAUGCGCACUAUGACUUUAACUGUCAUGAGCACCGAAGGAAUUACUCAAUUAUCGUCAUAUACUGUUUCUGUCCCCAAAAAUGGGAGAUUUGAAGAUCUGAUCAGGGCUUUAAGCAUUGCUUGUUCUCUGGGGCCUGAUGAGACCAUAUUAGUAGCUGAGAUAUACAACAACCGCAUCAUACGUUUUCUUGAAGAACCAGCUGAUUCAUUAUCAUUAAUCAGAGAUGAUGACCGACUUGUUGCUUACCGAUUUAUGAAAAAUGUCAGGGACAAAACUUUGGUUGUCUUUGUAAAUCAGCGGUUGGAAGAGCAGUAUAUCCAUGGGAAAUUGGCUUCAAAUUGGAAGGCAUUUGGAAUUCCUCUUGUUGCUAGGUUUUGCAAUAUUACGACUGGAUCUGAUCUCUCCAAUUUGUAUCUAAGGAUGCUCAAUCCAUUUCUAUUAUCAACUGAUGAUGCCUUAGGAGGCUCUGACAUCUCUAAGAAAACUGAAGAGGCUGCUGGAAUAGAGGGGGUCAUAACUCCUAGUUUAGGUCCAAAUGAAAAUGAUUCAGAUUCUCAUGAUAAUGGAGGACUGGAGUUUUACCUUACUCGUGAAAAAGGGGUUGUUAAAGGCUCCAAGAUUUUAAUGGACGAGCCAUUCCCAAUGAAAGAGGAGUUAAGGCAGUUGGAUGUGAUUGUAUGUUGGUCAGAUAAUCAGAUUAAACAAUAUGACACACCGCGUUUUAAUUCAUUGCCUGAGGUUUUCAAGCCUGGCUUUUUGGUGAAGAGGCCUCAAGAGUCAGUUUCUUUAUACAAAUGCCUUGAAGCAUUCUUGCAAGAGGAACCACUUGGACCAGAAGAUAUGUGGUUCUGCCCUGGCUGUAAAGUGCAUCGCCAAGCUAGUAAGAAGUUAGAUCUUUGGAGACUUCCUGAGAUUUUGGUUAUCCAUCUUAAAAGAUUUCAAUAUAGUCGCUUUAUGAAGAACAAGCUGGAUACAUAUGUUGACUUUCCCAUCGACGAUCUUGAUUUGUCAGCUUAUAUUGCUCAUGGGCAUGACAAGACUUCUAACCGUUACAUGCUUUAUGCAAUCAGUAACCAUUAUGGAAGCAUGGGAGGUGGUCAUUAUACAGCAUUUGUUCAUCAUGGUGGUGAUCGAUGGUAUGACUUUGAUGAUAGCCAUGUUUACCCCAUCAGCCAAGAGAAGAUAAAGUCUCCAGCUGCUUAUGUUCUUUUCUACAGAAGAGUUUUAGACGCAUAACAUAAUAUGGUAAAGUAGCGAAUGAUUUGAAAAGCCUAUUGAAGCAAGAUACUAUUGAUUAACAUUAUUGCCACCGUAGGCUUACAAGUAUACCUGACAAGUUAGCAUUCUUUUGUCUGGCAUAUUUUUUUAGAUUAGUUGAAUUUACGGCUGGGAACGAUUGAAGGGGAUAGUGUAAACGUACUGGGUUUCCGGGGAAGAGUGUAACAUAGUUACAUAGUCACAACUGAGUAGUGAGCGUGCAGCUUGCCCACGGGCUGGAAGAGAGUUGUACUAACUUCUACGAUUUAGUUUUUCUUGAAUAGCAUAUUUUGUUUCUCUCAGAAGCCUGGGAACCAAGAUUUUGAAUUCUGUCAUGGAAUGUCAAUCUAUUGUAGUUUGUUAUUUGUGUUCAUCAAAAUUACCCGGUUGUCAUUACCAUGGGACUUGGCUAACCUCCUGCGCAAUCGUUGUAUUACUCUUUCGAGAGCUCAUUGUUUGUAUGAUGUUCUGCCUAUAUAUUGAACGUUAACCAUUUACAGUGGAAACUCUCAAACACGAUAUUCUUUUCAUACACGACGAGAAAAUCCUUUCUUUU